GAAAAUGCGGCUGCCAGGCGCGAGCCAACAAAGGAUCUGGAGAAGGAGCGUUGGCGUGCGUGGCACAUCAGAUUGGAUGAACCGGGCAAUUCUUUUGAUCGCGUCUGCGGCUUGAACUCGUCGCCAUCCAUCUCGAUUAUCUCCCCGGGCUGUUCGUUAGGUACUGGUACACUCUAGCAUCAAUCCAAAGCGGCCGUGGCAGAGCCCGCUAGUUCGUCUUCUCUCCAAACAACACCAACUCGCGUCUCGCCACCGACCCGCGUCUCGGCUGGUUAUCCCUUGAGUCCACCCUGGCCUGGUUGAGGCACUAACCCCCUGAUCCGCUCCCGCUUGUCUUGGGCGGGAGAAGCCACGGGCUCAUCAAGAAGGGGCGGGGUUUGGAGAUCCACUCCUGCUUGGGCAGCCGACAAAUGCAACAGCACCAGUACUGAUAGCUGCGACGCCGCCGCCAAGUUCCGAAGGCCAAUUUCGACCUUGGGGCCUACUCACUCCUCUUGGCCCUCUCUACCGCAAACGCUCCCGCCUUUCUCUCUCGACCGACCUUUGAUGAUACAAAGAAGGACACUCGCCCGGACCUGGUAGUCCGCCUGCAGUCUCCAAGCUCCACUGGGCAAUUGGUGCAUCGUGUCCCUCCACAUCCGCGCGUCUCGCACGCACCCGCCUGUUCUGCCACCGCUGGCACGUCGACGAGCCGAAGUCCAGAUGGCCUCGUACGCGCUGCCGACCGCCAUUCCGCACUCGCACCAUGGGGCAGGCCAUAUGCACACCCAUUCGCAUUCGCCGCCGACUUUCGGCCAUCUGACCCAGCAGGCUACACGCCGCGCAGACCGGUCGAGCUUGUCUGGCAACACCCACAGCCAUAGCCAUGAUACCGAGCACUCCCACUCCCACGACCAUUCACACGAUCACGACCACGAUCACUCUCACGACCACGACCAUUCGCAUAGCCACAGCCAUGGCCCCGACAGCAGCAGCCACUCGCACCUGUACUCAUACUCGCUCGACUCCAGCCGCUACAGCGACCUUAACUCGUCGGGCCACCAAGCCAAUUCGGGCCAUCUGAGACCGAAAGUCCCCGCGGCGCUCGAUGGCCACAAUUGGAAGUCGGCCAUGACGCCUGGUGGAAAGCACGUCGUUACGCCGAGCCAGUCGUCGUUUGACAUCCCAUACGAUGCCCCCGCGCAGCAUCGAGACCAUGAGCCCCCCGCCGACCGGUCAUGGGUCACAAAUUUUCUGCUGCCGCGGAUGGCGCGGUGGCCGUUGAUCCAUGCUGUCCUGGUAGAGAAGGACUCGAGGAGGAUAUUCUACUUUAUGAGUAUCAACUUCUCUUUCAUGAUGGUUCAGGCCUUCUACGGCUACGCAACCGACUCUCUGGGUCUUCUUAGCGACAGUAUACACAUGCUUUUCGACUGCGUAGCCCUUGCGGUCGGACUUUUCGCUUCCGUGGCCAGCAAGUGGGCGCCCAACGAGAUGUUUCCUUACGGGUUUGGAAAGAUCGAGACGCUGAGUGGGUUUGCAAAUGGCGUAUUCUUAAUACUUAUUAGCGUCGAGAUCAUGGUGGAGGCUUUCGAGAGGAUUUUGGAGGGGCGUGAGACGAAGCGCUUGACGGAACUUUUCAUCGUCAGCACGGCAGGGCUGCUCGUCAACCUCAUUGGGUUGAUGGCUUUCGGACACCAUCAUCACCACGGGGACGACCACUCCCACGGGCAUUCACACAGCCAUUCUCAUAGCCACUCGCACGACCAUGGACACGACCAUGGACACGACCACGACCACGGGCACGAUCAUGGGCAUGACAAGUCGCACUCGCACUCGCACGGCGAUGCCCACGACAACGAGAACAUGAUGGGCAUCUACCUGCACGUGCUUGCGGAUACGCUGGGUAGCGCCGCCGUCAUCGUUUCGACGGUGUUGACGCACUUUUGGAACUGGGCGGGCUGGGACCCGCUGGCUUCGUUCCUGAUCGCCGUGCUGAUUCUGGGCUCGGCGAUGCCGCUGGUACGGUCUUCGGCGAGGCGACUGCUGCUGACGGUGCCGGAUCGGGUUGAGUACGCGCUUAGGGACACGCUUUCGGGAAUAACGGGUCUCCGGGGCGUGGCAAACUACUCGGUGCCAAAAUUCUGGCUCGACGACCGCAGCGGAAGCGAUGGGCCGACGGUCGGGCCUGGAGGCGACCGAUUGUUGGGUGUGAUGCACGUCGUGGCGGUCAGGGGCGCAGACAUGGGAGACGUGCGAGACCGCGUUAGGACGUAUCUCGCGGCUAAAGGUAUCGACAUUACGGUACAGGUUGAGCGCGAGGGCGAGUCGAGCUGCUGGUGUGGCGUCGGCAGGCACCCGCUUGCGAUGGGUCACAGGGCGAGCGCCAGCGUGAUUUAGGUCGGACGAGAUGGAUCGAUGCUGAGGUCAACGAAGCUUGGCCGGCUCCGACUCGAGAAGUUCGAGACAUUCACCGAAUGCGGCUGGAUCGUGUGUCGCGGUGAUGCCGUGCAGGUGGGUGGAUCGGGUUUGCAUGUGAUUGUGAUGUCCAUGCUCCCGUAAAUCUCAUGAUAGGUGGCUAGCUUCGCCUUGGAGUUUGGGGGAAAGAUGGCGUUUAUUGGACAGGACGAACGUCGGUUUCUUUUGUAAUUCUGUCAUGGCACACGGCUCGCAUUUUCCUGUAAUGUUCUUCUCCAUGUAUCACCAGGUAAGAAGGAUGGGUGAGUGUCUUUUUCGAGACGCGACAAGUAUCAUAGAGGCAUAGCUACACUACAUAUAUAAACCGGAGAUACCCAAGAACACGCAUGCAUUUCAGUGGGCG